AACAACAACGAACCCGGAAGUGCGGCACCAGCUGUAAACACAGCUGUGGAAGCUGGCGAUAAAGUGAAAGAUGGUGUACGUGUCCAACGGUCGGGUCCUGGACAGCAGGUCCCAGUCCCCAUGGAGUCUAUCCUAUCUGGUCGAUCUCUUCUGGGGAGCAGUGGAUUUCUUCGGCCUGUUUUUUAAGACGAUACUUCACCCUGACAUGAGGAAGGGUGGAAACUCUGGUUCGUCACGCUUCACUGAUGGCAGAGGUCCUCCAGGUCCCCCUGGUGGCAGGAGAAGGAUGGGGAGAAUUAACCACGGGGCAGGUCCCAGCUCCCCACCAAUGGGUGGAGGAGGAUGAGGAAGGUAAACGCCUACACUGAAUGUGUAGGCGUGGGGCCUGGCACAGUGUCUAUUUGCUGAGACCCUAAAGGAAGACUGAUGUCACAGUGCUGAAGCCCCUCUUCAUCGGCUGCCGCUGCAACCAGCAGUUUCUUGACGCCUUUCUGGGAAUUCCUACACGUAGGGACCAGAAUGGCCGAUGCAGCAGCUAUCCUCAUUUCCUCCCUUCAUCCUCUUUUGGCCUGAACAUUUUACUGUCACACCAGUUCCCUUCUGAACUGAAGUUUCAUGAAGUUAGUUUGUCAUUGUUUUGUAUGUUUCUGUCUGAAUAAAAAUGUUCGAUGUUUAAACAUGUUACCACUGAGUUCCAUUACAAUUACACUCUGUAACGACACAACUUGCCUCUGUGUAGAUCUAGGGCAUGCACUUCAAAAUCAAUAAUGUGAAGAUAUUAUAAAAAAAUUGUAUCUAAUAAAUGGCUGAUUGUA